CUCCAGGCGCGAGGCAGUGCGCCCCGGUGGGCGCUGUUUGUCGGGGACGACUGCGUGACACGAUCAGGUGGAAGGCUCGCCGGUCGAACGGCCGCGCUGAAAGGUGCUGCUCCCGAACGCAACGACUGUGGUGAGCCCUGAUGACCCGUGGCCGGUAUGAGGUGGCUGCUGCCGAGGAGGGCACGGGCCCGGCCCGCUCGGCCGCCCCCCGCACACGCUCCUGCCGCCUCUGCCUGCUGCUGUUGGUGCUAGCGCUGGUAUUGGCGCUGGCGGCUGCCUGCGUCGGCGCCAUCUUUCUGCACCGCGCCCUGAGAAGGAACAUCCUCUUCAACCCCGACGGGUCUAAGCUGUUCCGCGGUGGCGAGAACAUCACCGAGGGCGACAUGCUGGAGCUGGACACCGGUGACCUCGGCCAGCUGAGCGCGACCAGGGACCGGCGCCUGCUCUGGCCCCAGGGUCGCGUCCCCUACCGGCCUGACGAAGCCAUCGGCUGUCCCUCGUCUGCCAGGUGCGAGGUGCUCCAAUCGGCGAUGAGCGAGUUUAACCAGAGGACGUGCGUGCGGUGGGAGCCAGCGCCCGCGCACACCGCCUGGGCCGUGCAGCUGCUCUUCAGACCGCACGCCGGCUGCUUCUCACACGUCGGCUACCGGAGGGGCGUCGGCGACUCCCAGAUCAUCAUGCUGGGCGACGGCUGCUUCAACAAGGGCAUCCUGCUGCAUCUGUUGGCCCACACGCUCGGCCUUUGGCAUGAGCACAACCGACCUGACAGAGACAGCUGGAUCAGUAUCAACUUCACCAACGUGGCUCACGGGCAGGAGCAGAGCUUCAAAAGGUUCAACCAUAGCCAACAUCACAUAGUCGAUCGAAUGGACCUCACGUCGGUCAUGAUGCACGGCUCGCGGGCCUUCUCCAGCGGUCACGGACCCACCCUGCAGUCACACUGGUCGGCAGCGCCACUGCCCGAGGUGUCGCAGAAGAGGCAUCUCAGCGAACAGGACGUGAACCGCCUUCAGUCCAUGUACAUACGGCAGUGCAGCCGCCGACCCCAGCGCCGGCCCGACACGUGACUGGCGCUGAUUGGACGCGGAUCGGUCUCAGAAGCCACGUGAUAGCGCUGCAUGAGGUGACCAGCCGGGCAUAUUUUGUCACGUGACCGUCUCCAAACGGUGAUGGUGUUUAGACUGACGGUGAUGAAAAGUCUGAGCAGAGGGUUGAGCUAUCCGUAAACAAUGCAUGGAAGGAAAACACUCUUAAGAAGGAACGCGUGGCUGCAUGCUGAAAGUGUGUUGGGUAGACGGGACGGGUUUAUCAGGUUUUCGCGCGCUGCGUGAGGCGAACCAGCUGAGACAGCAGUAUGCGCUCCCGCUGCUGGUGUCACCAGACCACGAUACAAUGCUGUCGUGGUAGCAACAGAUCCUCAAGCUGCCCAGGUCUGGCUGUGGUGGCAGCAGUCACCAUCCGCGGGUGUUGCGGCCUGAGUCGAGCCAGAUGCAGCGCCGUUCGCGCACACAUUGUCAGCUCUGUCACAGCGCACCGUCCGGUCUCGGGAGGCUCUCGACCCUCACCGGACGAGUGCGUCCGUGACGGCCAACAGGCGAUGGCCGUCUGCCUCCGCCGCUGCACCGGACGUGCGAAAUCGCAGUGAGAAGUGCGUUGGUGAACUGGAGCGUCGGAGCCCGCAUAGGUCUCUGAACGCAGCCCGCUGCUACACACGCGCAUAAAUCGCGACACGACUGCAUGGAUGCGCCAAAUAAUACCAUGUGCUCUUCAGCCCA